AUGUCCUCCGCAGAUAUGAAAUCCGCCAUCAAACAACAACUGCAAUCCGAGUCCGCCAUGAACAAUGCCCGCAUCUUGAUGGAGAAAUUGAGUUCAAACUGCUUCGAUAAAUGCGUUCCUAGCCCCGGCUCAACUCUCACAUCGAAUGAGCAGAGCUGCCUAAACACUUGCAUGGAGAAAUACAUCUCUCUUUGGAACACUACAAGUCGAGCGUAUAUUGCCCGCAUUGGACAGGAGAGGGAAAAGGGCGGCUUGGUCUCGUCUGACCCGACAAUUGGCGCAUCGAGCGGAAACGGAGGAAUUUUCUAG